AUGAGGGUGGUGUUAAUUGAGGAACUUGGUUGGAAGGGUAAAGAUGUUGGAGUAGUGGUGGUUCAAUGGGUGCUUGAUCAUAAUUAUCACAAGGUAUGCAUGGGAUUAGCUGCUUCAAUGGGAUCUUUUCUUUUGGCAGGAGGAGAAAUUACCAAACGUCUAGCAUUCCCUCACGCUUGGGUAAUGAUCCAUCAACCCGCUAGUUCUUUUUAUGAAGCACAAACGGGAGAAUUUAUCCUGGAAGCAGAAGAACUACUAAAGCUGCGCGAAACUAUCACAAGAGUUUAUGUACAAAGAACGGGCAAACCUGUAUGGCUUGUAUCCGAAGACAUGGAAAGGGAUGCUUUUAUGUCAGCAGCAGAAGCUCAAGCCCACGGAAUUGUUGAUCUUGUCGCGGUUGAUAAGAAAUCUAGCUUACUAAUUGUAAAACGGUUAAUUACUCGAAUAUAUCAACAGAAUCAUUUGAUUCUUUUUGAUAACGAUUCAAGUAAAAAUCAAUUUUGGGGGUCUAACAAGAAUUUGUAUUCUCAAAUAAUAUCAGAGGGUUUUGCCAUUGUCAUGGAAAUUCCAUUUUCCCGACAAUUAAGUUCUUCUUUAGAGGAGGCGGAAAUCAUAAAAUCUUUUAAUAAUUUGCAAUCAAUUCAUUCCAUUUUUUCCUUUUUCGAGGAUAAAUUUACAUAUUUAAAAUUUUUUUCCGAUGUACGAAUACCCUAUCCUAUCCAUCUGGAAAUCUUAGUUCAAACUCUUCGAUACUGGGUGAAAGAUCCACCCCUUUUUCAUUUAUUAAGAUUGUUUCUUUAUGAGUAUUGUAAUUGGAAUAGUCUUAUUACUCAAAAAAAACUUAUUUUUACUUUUUCAAAAAGUAAUCCAAGAUUUUUCUUGUUUCUAUAUAAUUUUUAUGUAUGUGAACACGAAUCCAUCUUCCUUUUUUUACGUAAAAAAUCCUCUUUUUUACGAUUAAACUCUUUUAGCGUUCUUUUUGAGCGAAUCUAUUUCUAUACAAAAAUAGAGCAUCUUGUAGAAGUCUUUUCGAAUAAUUUUUCGUCUACCUUAUCAUUCUUCAAGGAUCCUUUGAUUCAUUAUGUUAGAUAUCAAGGAAAAUCCAUUCUGGCUUCAAAGAAUGCGCCUUUUUUGAUGAAUAAAUGGAGAUACUAUCUCAUUUAUUUCUGGCAAUGUUAUUUUGAUAUUUGGUCUCAACCCCGAAUGAUCCAUAUAAAGGAAUUAUUUGAGAAUUCAUUUCAUUUUUUUUGGGGGGGCUAUCUUUCAAAUGUACGGCUAAACUUUUCAGUGGUACGGAGUCAAAUGCUAGAAAAUUCAUUUCUAAUAGAAAUUGUUAUGAAAAAACUUGAUACAAUAGUCCCAAUUAUUCCCUUAAUUAGAUCUUUAGCUAAAGCGAAAUUUUGUAAUAUAUUAGGACAUCCCAUUAGUAAGCCCGUUUGGGCCGAUUCAUCUGAUUUUGAUAUAAUUGACCGGUAUUUGCGGAUAUGCAGAAAUCUUUCUCAUUAUUAUAAUGGAUCCUCAAAAAAAAGUUUGUAUCGAAUAAAAUAUAUAAUUCGGCUUUCUUGUAUUAAAACUUUGGCUCGUAAACACAAGAGGACUUUACGCGCUUUUUUGAAAAGAUUAGAUUCAGAAGAAUUAUUAAAAGAAUUCUUUACAGAGGAAGAAGAGAUUCUUUCUUUGAUCUUUCCAAGAUCUUCGUCUACUUUGCGGAGGUUAUAUAGAAGUCGGAUUUGGUAUUUGGAUAUUCUUUUCAGUAACGAUCCAAUCAAUGUAAAUUGAUAAAUCAAAAUCAUCCUUACCUAAAAUUUGGAUAAAAAAUGCAUUUCUUUUUGAUUUCGAAUAGUAUUCUCUAUAGGAUUCUGAAAUGUUUAUGUAAUGUAGUAAGAGGGGGAUUUGAGAUUCAUCAACACUGAGUAUUUGACUUUUGGAGAGUAUUGUUCUGGAUAAGUAACUCAGGUUUAGAUGUAUACAUAGGGAAAGCCGUGUGCAAUGAAAAAUGCAAGCACGGCUUGGGGAGAGAUUUUUUAUUGUUUUCCUUUUUCAAUUCAUUAACAAAUCCAAUUUCUACUCCAUCCGACUAGUUCCGGGUUCGAGUCCCGGGCAACCCAUAUAAUAUAUGGAAUAUAUAUAUAUUAAUUAAUAUAGAUAUAAUGAUAUCCAUAUUAAUUUUAAUUAUAAAAUCUAUAAGAAAAUACGUCGAAGUCGAAGUUAUAUUUAUAUAACGGUAUAUGUAUAUACCAUAGUGAAUUCAUAAUCAUUUUCAUUCUUUGUUUAUUUUAUUAGAGUGGGGUAAAAAAAGCCAAUUUAGAUCAAUCUAGAUGAAUAAAAGCAUUUUCAACAGAUAUAUUGAUAUAUAUCUUCUUGGUUGACACCAAUAUAUGCCUCGUGUUAUACUGUUGAAUAACAAGCCCUCAAUUAUCUAGUUAGAGAGAAUUCGUGUGCUUGGGAGUCCCUGAUAAUUAAAAAAACCAAGAUUUUACCAUGACUGCAAUUUUAGAGAGACGCGAGAGCGAAAGCCUAUGGGGUCGCUUCUGUAACUGGAUAACCAGCACUGAAAACCGUCUUUACAUUGGAUGGUUUGGUGUUUUGAUGAUCCCUACUUUAUUGACCGCAACUUCUGUAUUUAUUAUCGCUUUCAUUGCUGCCCCUCCAGUAGAUAUUGAUGGUAUUCGUGAGCCUGUUUCUGGAUCUCUACUUUAUGGAAACAAUAUUAUUUCGGGUGCCAUUAUUCCUACUUCGGCGGCUAUAGGUUUGCACUUUUACCCGAUAUGGGAAGCGGCAUCUGUUGA